AUGAUCUUCAGGGCCAUGCUGGGAAACGUUCUGCCUGGUGCCGGGUACGCCUUGCACGUGGACGCGGCAUCUCACUCCGGAAUCUUUGAUGAGGCAGGAAUGAAUCGCCCCCCUCUGGUGUAUUCCUCGAGGAAAGCGCCCGAAGGGAUUCCCAGCGCGAUCGGCUUCAAUAUGAGGUGCUGGAAUGGUCGCCAACCAAAUUGA